GACUCAUUACGCAGCGCUAAGGGCUACCUGGCAAUAUUGAGAUCGCUGCUGCAGUCCACGCCCUCUGGCAGAGGUUACUACAGCGCGCUGCUCGACGCCAUCGCUGCACAAGCUAGACAAAAAAAUGCUCGCGCUGCGCCGCGCGGCUUGCAUAAGGCCGCAGGUCCGCUGCCUGGCCACAACACCAACAAAUCAAAAACGAUGGGGCCCGCCAACACCACCUACGACGACAAACCUGCCGCGCGGCUGCCUCGUCGGUUCGGUAGUCUCGACGGCCAUGGCCAAGACCGUGAAUGUGGAUGUGACGCGGACGAAAAUCGUGCCCAAGUACCGCAAAGCUAGAAGGUAUUCGCGGCGCUUCCUCGCGCACGACGAAGACCAAGAGUGCUCAUUGGGAGACGUCGUGAGGAUUGCGCCCUGCCGGCCGCUUAGUAGGAGGAAGCACUUCGUCGUCCAGGAAAUACUAAAGAAGAACUAAG